UUUUUUGCACAUAGAUUUACCUAGACCAUAACAAAAUAAAAUUCCAUUUAAAUAGUUGGUGGAAAUUGCCCACAAAAAAUGGCUGACUUUUCUGCGAAGAAAUGCAAAAAAAUACCGUAUUAAAUACCAUUAAAGUUUCCCAUAAUACCAAAAGAAAAAUUGUAAAGUUCUGCCGAAAUGGUUUUAGCAAUUAAGUCGUAUUAUGUAAACUUAAGUCAUAUUAUAUAUACAGAGUUUAGAAGGCACUGUAGCGGUGCCAGCAGUGAAUACCGAUUAAGAGAGCAGUAGAUACUUGCAAGUAUAUACAGAAUAUAUAUAGAAUUAGAUACUUUGAAAUUUCAUUUUGAUAUCAAUUCAAUUUCACCUAUCAAUGUCGUAAGUAAAUAGUUAAUUCUACAAUAACGUCAGCAAAAAACGUAUAAUGCUCAACACAAAGUUUUAGUAAUGUUAAUGUAGUAGUAUAACGAUAAAUAACAAUUUGUUUAACAAACAAUACAAUUUUCAUUGGAUUUGAAUGACUUUACAACAGCAGCUUAACAAGUCAAUUUCAAUAAAAAUUAACUUCUGAACUAAUAGUGAACAGAUUCAUCUCUCAACCUAAAUGUUUGUUUACAAAUUGACUUAAGAUUCCUCUAGAUAUUGAUAUGCUUUUAACAAAUGGGAACUUACAGAUUAGGCUUUUUGUUAACAAUAAACCCAAAACACGCCGCUGCAGUGCCAUAAAAAAGAAUUAUAGAGAAACAUACACAACAAUAAUGAAAAAAAAGCAAAAUGAAGUUAGAACACAUAUUUUAGAUGUACGUCAGAAUUAAAUAUAAGAAUUCGAUGAAAAUAUAAAAAAAAAAAAUACACACACACACACACACAGACAGAACAGACAGAAGAACAUAAAUAAACGCAAUGUGAAGAAAAUUAACGGUAUCAUUUGAAUGGAAAAUGAAAGGCAGGUUGGCAGCACCCCCAGAUGCGGCCCUGUUUGCCAACUGUCAACGAGACCGGGCGACCAAAUGAAAAGCUCAAAAGGAAAGCAAACAAACGCUAAGCAAACGCGAAGAAAUCGAAACCCACAGCGAUUUAUAUGUCAGCUAACCCACAAAUCGCCCGUCCAAGGCAGUGUCAAAAAGUUAACGAUUUGGAAAACAGAGGCGCGUGAGAAAAGCAACUUUCGUUGAAAAUUGGAAACGCACAAUAUUAUCAAAAAAAAAAGAACCAAAUAAUAUUGAAAACCAUUUUUCGCAAUAUUUUUUGUCCAAUCGAGAUGGAACGCGCAAUUGUGCCACGUGGCAAACGUCCGCGGGUGCAGGUAUCCCAGGAGAACAAGGAGCUGGCGAUUGCGCGCAUACGCAAUGGCGAAACCAAGGCAAGUAUUUCCCGUGAACUGGGCGUGCCGGAGUCGACAGUGCGCGGCUGGGUUAAGCGGGCAGAUCAGCGCAUUGCACGCGGAAUUUUGGAAGGCAAGGAGAAUGCAUCUCCGCCUACGCAGCUGCAGCGACCCGUCAAACGGGAUCACAAUGGCCAGCCGGCAGCAAUGACGCCUGUCGGCGUACCGAUGCCAAUUGAACUGUUCGAGCAGGCGGCGAACAGUCAGCUCCAGCUCACUGAUUGGCUGCACAUCUUCAAUGCGGGCAUACUGAAUUUCACGCUAGUCGCCACAGCCGCCUAUUUGCGGGCUUGCAGUCGUGGCACCACGGAUCGCCAGUCCCUCUGGCAGAUCAUAUGCGAGUAUGUGGAUGAGGCGGGACGCAAUGUGGCUGCCAAUGGGGGGGCAGUGGCAUUUAAUCGGCAAUUUGUCCGUACUGUCGGCAUUGUGGCGCCACGUCUGCACAUCACGGCCGAGGAUGAUGAGGAUGAUGCGGAGGACGGGUAUGGUGGGUAUGAUGAGAAUGCAUUGCGGUUGCCGUGAAACUGAAAUCGAUUUAUUAUGUACCUGUUUAUAUGCGAUAUGCAAAUAAAACGCCUGUCAAUGGGAUUAUGUUGUUUAAAGCAAA